CUAUUUAUUUGUUUUUUUGUAGUAAUCGGAAGGGUAUCAGCCUGUGAGGGAGGCUGUCGUCAGGCGAAGUAGCGCUGUAAACGAGGUGUGUGACCUGUGUCUGUGUCGAAUACGUCAAAAAUCCCCAUCAGGAGCCCGGAGGAGUGCGAUGGACUGUCUGUACGCGGAGGAGGCUGUGCUACAUGACAUCCUGGCACACAGCAAAGGGUCUAAGAUGCUGCCCGGGCAGGCGGGGGGGGCCACUUCGGCGGCCCACUCCCCGGGGGGCGUGCAGGCGACGCCCCAACGGGAGCUGUGCCUGAGGGUGCAGGUGGACACCCUGCACGGGGAGACGGUGUUUGUGUGCGGCAGCAGCCCCGAGAUGGGCGAGUGGCAGGUGGCCGGCGCCCUGGCCAUGCACCCCGAGGACCCCGCCACGAAAGUGUGGGCGGUGCGAGUGCAGGUGCCCCUGCAGCGGACGGUGGAGUUCCGCUACUUGGUGGGCAUCCUGCUGGACUCCGGAGAGAUCAUUGUGCGCCGCUGGGAGACGGUGGUGCACCCCAGGAGCAUCGGUGCCAACGAGCUCACGGUGGACCGCAACGCCGCCAUCGACAUCUUCGGCAGCUACGACGGGGAGGAGCGCAUGGAGCCCGGCUGGCUGACGUCAGAGUCCGUGGUGCAGCUGAAGAUGUUCAACAGCCCCGUAGUGCUGUGGAAGCGCAAGUACCAGUCCCUGCUGUUGUCCUACAAGGUCACCCCCAUCGACCUCGCCGCAAGCACCGCCGACGCGCCGGCCGUGGUCGAGGAGAAUGAGCAGCACAGCAAUGUGUCGGACUUUGAGUGCGUCAAGUGGCCCGUCAUUGAAAUAGCCGUCAUGAAGGAGGGGGAGUGCGAGUUCAAGCACCAGAACCAGUUUGGCAACCUGUACGCCCCCGAAGACUUCGUGGUCUUCCAGGCGCAAGUGCUGGACCCCACUUCAAUCGCCUACAUGGUGGACUUCUACGUGCACCCGCGGCCGGAGGGCUCGCUGCCAGAGCACAUCGGCUUCAGCUACGUCCUGCCCGGCAACCUGAGGGAGGCCUCGGGGAGCUGCACGGUGCCCAUCACCGGGAACCGCCACCAGCCGGUCGGCCAGCUCGUCGUGUCAUACCUGAUUGUCCGCCCCCUGGUGGGCUACUCCUGCAACUGCCGCCAGACAUUCUCCAAGCUCUGGAAGAAGACCAACCGGAGCCUGGACGUCGGACACCGGGGCGCCGGACAUGCCAGGCGGACGGACAAGGUGGAAAACGUCCUUGAGAACACGGUGGCGUCCUUCAACUAUGCCGCCAAGCACGGGGCAGACAUGGUGGAGUUGGACGUGCAGCUCUCCAAGGACAAGGUGCCCGUCAUCUAUCACGACUACUACAUCUGCAUCUGUAUGAAGAAGCGCAAGUCGCCUGUCCAGGAGGAGGAGAAGCUGAAGCUGGCGGUGAAGGACCUGACGGCAUGCCAGCUGCAGCGGCUGAAGCUGUCCCCCGCCUGCGAGGGUGCCCAGCAGGGCUCCUCCGCCCACGGCUAUGACUUCCGGGAGGACGACCUGGAGGACAACCAGCCCUUCCCGACCCUGCAGCACGUGCUGGAGGCCGUCGACCCCUCGGUGGGCUUCAACGUGGAGAUCAAGUGCCCCAUGCAGUUUAGGGACGGGACCUGGGAGAUGGACCUGAACUUCGACAUGAACCAGUACCUGGACAUUGUGCUCAAAACGCUGCUGGACUUCAGUGGCAAGCGCUACAUCAUCCUGUCCUGCUUCCACCCGGACAUCUGCACCAUGAUCCGGCUGAAGCAGAACAAGUACCCGCUGCUGUUCCUGACCCAGGGCCAGACGGAGAAGUACCCGGCCUACCUGGACACGCGCACCUCUUCCGUCCAGAUGGCCACCUACUUCGCCAUGUGCACCCACAUCCUGGGCAUCAACGUGCACACGGAGGAGCUGCUCAAGCAGCCAACGCUAAUCCCCUUUGUGAAGCAGCACAAGCUCAUCCUCUUCUGCUGGGGCGAGGACAACAACCACAGCGGCACCAUCACCUGCCUCAAGCGCAAGGGCGUCGACGGCGUCAUCUACGACAAGUUGGAUGUGUUGAUUGGGAACUCUCGGGAGAACGAGAAUGUGUUCCUGGUUCAUCCGAGCGCCACAGUAAGUAUGCUCGAGGCUGCGGCGAGCUGCUCCCGGGAGUCUCAGCCGGAGAACACGGUGGCUGCCACGCCGGCCUGCAGCGUUGGCAGCUCCUAGCUGCCUCCAGGCUCCCCUCACUGUGCGGACCCUGGUCCGGACUGUCCGAGAUGGCACUGAGGAGCACGCCUUCUCGCCCUGGAGCCUCUCGCACGCUCCAGCGUCGGUGUAUAAAAAUGCCUAUUUUGGAGGAAUGGAUGUGUACAGAAGCAUGGGUAGGAUGUCUGUGGAACUCUUUCCAAGUUUGAAUUAGGCAGUGGCACAGCUAUGUUUUGUUUACGAAGGAAUUACUAGUCUGGACCUCUGCGAGUCUUCAAAAUCCAUUCUGGAUCUGGGAGAGUUGAGGGUCAACUGCAGUUCUGCCACAUGAAGGGACAAGCUCCCGUUAGUAGCCUCCAGUUGUGUCGAAUAAAGUAUAAAAAUACCCGUGGAGGCUGGGGAUAAUGGUGCUUUAUGCUCUCGUCUACGGGAAGUUUUGUACUUCGCUAGGUUUCUCAUGUUCAUAACUAUAGUUAUCGCGAGAAAGCCACGUGGCCUUGCCUAUGUCCCUUGUUUUCUCGAGUGGUUUUUAAUCUUGAGCGGCUAAAUAUUUAUGGUAUUAUAUAUGUUAUGACAGUGCUUAGUUCAUUGUAUUUGUUGAGAAUUUCUCUUUGAAUGACAUUGUUUUCCAUAACUUUUGAUAAAGUUGUGAAGGCUUGGUUUUUGAUAUAUUACUAAAGUUACUGGUGUGAAAUGUUCAGCAAAGACUAAGUACUUUGGAAAACUGUUUCUCAAUAAUAUGGAGCAUACUAUCUAGUGCACCUUCAAAAAAUAAAGUAAUACAUUUAUGCUUUUUUUUUUAAUGUUGCUGCUUUUGGUACAGUGGCAGGUGACCAUUCUCCUAGCUGUAGGUCGGCAGUUUAUGUAAUCUUGCGGGAGCAGUAGGCAUUUCUUCCAAGAUUUAAGCCAACGCCCCAUCUUGUGCCUGCACUGUGUAGCGGCUCUUCUCGGCAAGAAGUGCAGUCAGUCAUGUCGGAUUAAACACGAUGGAUUUCAAGCA